GACCCCCACCCCCUAUAAAGGAACACAAAACAAAGUUACACUUUGAGUGGCCUCGGGUCUUUUUUUAGGCAGGUUUUUCCCCCUCUCGACCCCCUCUGAGAUUUCAGGCUCUUUCUCCCAGUCCCACCCCCCUGACUUCUCUGCAUCUGGGGAGCGAGCAGGGGACCCCACACCGCAGCCCGGUUUCCGGCUCCAUCCUUUCCCUUUGCUCCCCUCCCCCACCGCCUCCCCUCCUCUCUCCCCUCCCUCCCAAGCACUUGGAGCCAGCCAGCGAACCAACCAAAAAUAUGCUCUUUGAGGGGUUUGAUCUGGUCUCGGCUCUGGCCACCUUCGCCGCCUGCCUGGUCUCGGUGACUUUGCUCUUGGCCGUGUCCCAGCAGCUGUGGCAGCUGCGCUGGGCAGCCACCCGGGACAAGAGUUGCAAGCUGCCCAUCCCUAAGGGCUCCAUGGGCUUCCCCCUGAUCGGCGAGACGGGUCACUGGCUGCUCCAGGGCUCCUGCUUCCAGUCGUCCCGGAGGGAGAAAUAUGGCAACGUAUUUAAGACCCACUUGUUGGGGCGGCCGCUGAUCCGAGUGACGGGCGCGGAAAACGUGCGCAAGAUCCUCAUGGGCGAGCACCACCUGGUGAGCACCGAGUGGCCGCGGAGCACGCGCAUGCUCCUGGGCCCCAACACGGUGGCCAACUCCAUCGGCGACGUCCACCGCAACAAGAGGAAGGUCUUCUCCAAAAUCUUCAGCCACGAAGCCUUGGAGACCUAUCUCCCCAAAAUCCAGCUGGUUAUCCAAGACACCCUGAGGGCCUGGAGCAGCAACCCCGAGGCCAUCAAUGUCUACCAGGAGGCCCAGAAACUCACCUUCCGCAUGGCCAUCCGAGUCCUCCUGGGCUUCAGCAUCCCGGAGGAGGACCUCACCCACCUCUUCGAGGUCUACCAGCAGUUUGUAGAGAAUGUCUUCUCCCUGCCUGUUGACCUUCCCUUCAGUGGCUACCGUCGGGGCAUCCAAGCCCGGCACACCCUGCAGAAGGGGCUGGAGAAGGCGAUUCGGGAGAAGCUGCAGAGCACACAAGGCAAGGAUUACUCGGAUGCCCUAGACAUCCUCAUUGAGAGUAGCAAGGAGCACGGGAAGGAGAUGACCAUGCAAGAGCUGAAGGAUGGCACCUUGGAGCUGAUCUUUGCAGCCUAUGCCACCACGGCCAGUGCUAGUACCUCCCUGAUCAUGCAGCUGCUGAAGCACCCCAAUGUGCUGGAGAAACUGAGGGAAGAGCUGCGGGCUAAUGGCAUCCUGCACAACGGCUGCGUGUGCGAGGGUGCCCUGAGACUGGACACCCUCAUCGGCCUGCGUUACCUGGACUGCGUCAUCAAGGAGGUCAUGCGUCUCUUCACUCCCAUCUCUGGUGGCUACCGCACUGUGCUGCAGACUUUUGAGCUGGACGGCUUCCAGAUACCCAAGGGCUGGAGUGUGAUGUACAGCAUCCGGGACACGCACGACACAGCGCCCGUCUUCAAGGAUGUCGAUGUGUUUGACCCUGAGCGCUUCAGCCAGGCCCGGAGCGAGGACAAGGACGGCCGCUUCCACUACCUCCCCUUCGGCGGUGGCGUCCGGACGUGCCUGGGCAAACACCUGGCUAAGCUCUUCCUGAAGGUGCUGGCGGUGGAGCUGGCCAGCACCAGCCGCUUCGAGCUGGCCAGCCGGACAUUCCCGCGCAUCACCCUGGUCCCCGUCCUCCACCCUGUGGAUGGUCUCAGCGUCAAGUUCUUCGGCCUGGACUCCAACCAGAACAAGAUCCUCACUGAGACCGAGGCCAUGCUGGGGGCCGCCGUCUAACGGGGCUCCCCAGCGAUGGCCUCCCCCCACCCGACCUCAGCCUCCGCAUGGCUUGGGUGGGGGGAGAACCGGUAAAGGAAUGAGGGUAACAAGGAAACCUGUGUCAGUGUGGGGGGACCCUAGAAGCAAAGAGCAAAGGCUGAGGCGGGAGGAGAGAGGACCCAACAGCUUUUCUCUCCUUUCCUUUGGUGGCCCACGCCCUCUGUUCAAUGCCGGAAGGGUCAUCCCCACAAUAUGGGGUUGGGAGCAAGGGGUUGGUUUUCCUUCUCUGACUCCCUUCCUCUUUUCCUAGUCUCCCCCAGCCCCUCAUUCCUCCCUGCAUGGGGUAGAAAUGCUUGGUGCUGCGCCAGCACCAAGCAGGCCGUGAUCUGCUGGUGACCCGCAUGCCCUUUACAGUGUUAAACGUGUGGUGUUAACAGUGUUUUUUUGAUGUUGUUGUUUCACAUUGUUCCCUGCCCUCCUCCCUUCCCCCUCACCCCAUGCCCCAUUUUAUUUCUAUUCUCCUUUGGGUUGGGGUGAGGAGGAGUCUAGAGCGCAGGGAAGGGAGUUACCCACUUAGCUUAUUUCCCAUCCCUCAAACCCCAACUCUCAAAAAACAAGUCCUGCUCUACCCCCACCUCUUGCCACUGUUCAGACCAGGCCUUGAACCCCUCAGAAUCUUCCCAGGCUUGGGGGUUAUCCUGCAGCAAGGCAUUCUGGGUGAUGGCCUGGGGGUGGGGAGCCAAAGUGGCAGUGAGUCCCAUUAAAGACUCUCACUGCCAGUUUGGACAUUUGAAGUCACCUGUUGCUGCUACUCUUACUCUCUCCCUCCCCCCACCCCUCCCCUGCCUGCCCCUGCCCCUGCCCCUGCCAGCAUCUACCUUGGAAGCCCAGGGUGAGCACACUCAGCUUCACUCUCCCCAUCUGUCAGCCUUGAGCCAGACUCCCUUCCCCAUGCCCAUGCCCAUGCCCUGCCACUGAGAGCACUUGACCUGAUAACCCCCUCCCAUCCCAUGCCCCUGUAUUUAUUAAUUGGUCCCCUGGAAGCCUAGAAUUUGCAGGACUGGAGAGGUCAGCUCUCCCCUCCACUGCCCCUGCCUCCCAACCAUUGCCCUAUUCUUAACCAUUUCCUGCGAGGGAAGAGGAGGAAACAGUGAUCUCCCCCAAACCCUGGUGCCCCAAUCUGCUUUCUGACCCCCUUCCCUAGGUUGGAGCCUUCUUCUGCUGGUCUAACCCUAGUCCUUCUUGCUGCGGAUGGAGUAUAUGUCAUGCAGAGGCAGGGAAGUGACCUUCUUCCAGAAAUGCUAGCCCUCUGAGUACCUGAAGGCCGCUUUGACCUUGUGCUCUGACCUAAGUCCACCUAGUACUCUCUCUGGGUGGGUGGGUGAGUGGAUUCAGAGCAGUGGGGCUGGAGACAGGGCCACUUCCUUGAGAGAGGAAGCUGAGGCUCUCUCUUUCUACCCUGUCUCUUCUUCCCUGCUGGGUUCCCCAGAUUGCCGCCCCCCCUUGUUCAUCUUUCCUUGAUGCCACUGGCCCGUUAGCCUCAGCUCCAGGAGGGGAAAGCAGAGGAAGGGGAGACACACUCAAACCCCCUUUUCUUUGAAUCUGACUUGAAGCCUUCCUGCUGGAGUCUCCCUACUAUUAAAGGCAAAGAUGAAAGGGAGCUCUAAGAAAUAGUUACUAUAUGGGGCUUUGGGGCACCCACUGGCAGGAUGGAGUUUUCCCUCUUUCUCUGCAUCUGAAGAUGAGGAGAUGGUGGGCCUGCUACCAAGGUCCCUCCCACUUACCUGUGGGUGAGGUUCCCCCACUAGGAAAUCUCCCUUCUGAGUUGGGAUGGGGAAGAAAGGAUGGCCAAACAGGAGGGAGUUGUUCACUGAGCUUCUCCUUCCAUCCCCAACCUCUACAUUGCCCAGCUCAUUUCCACCCCAUCCCCAUUCUCUAACAGCUCCAUAAACAAUGGGUUCAAACUCUUAGAGCCCUAGGGCAGGGUCAUCUUGAAGGAUGGCAUUCUGGGUAACAUGAUGCAAAUCAGCCAGGACUCUUGGGUGCACCUCUAUCUUUCAGGAGCUUCUGAAAAAGGGGUGAAGGAUUCUUCGAGGGGAUUGGUAGGUACAGGGCUAGGAGGAUAACUGGGCAGGAACCAGGGGUCUGGUGCAGAUACAGGGAGAAGCCAGGAAGGAAAGAAGGAAGACAUCCCUAAGGCACCUAGACAGAAAGCUAAGGAAAAAAAUGGCGGACCCAAGGCACUUGGGUUGAUGGGCUGGUUUGUUUUAGGUCAGAAGCAUCCAUCUGUUAUGAGUUCUGUUGUAUGCCCAGGCGUGUGUAUACACGUGUAUCUCCAUGUGUGUGUGUGUGUGUGUGUGUGUGUGUCUUAGCACUAAAUUUAGAUGGGGGCUCUUUAGAUGGGGUCACCCUAACUAAUACAACUCGGUGGAGUGAAGUCCCACUCACACACAUACACACAUAAGGCCACACCUGCAGUGAGUUUGCAGAAUGAAGCACUUUUGAUGUUGGGGCCCUGGUGGUGGCAGCCCCCCACACCAUCCCAACCCUGCCCUAUUUGCUAUAAUGUUAUUUUAUACACAAAAAACAAUUUUUUUUGGUUGCAGAAAUGUUAUAAUUUGUUUUUUUGUCUGUCUUUAUAAACUAUUAUAAGUACUAUUUUUGUUAUAAUUCAAAAUAGAUAUUUAGUAUAAAGGGUUUUUUUGCUGUUAAAUAUUUGUUAUUUAGUAAAAUAUGACCCCCCUGCCCCAUUAUUGUAAACGUGGUUCAAAAAUAUUAAUAUGUUUUUAUCUCGGUCGUUUUUUUUAAAUAUUGAGCAAAGAGCGCACUUGUGUUUUUGCAUUUUUUUGUCAUUGUCUGUUAUGGAGCUGGUGCUGUGUGUGAGUGUGUUCUCUGUUGUGUGGUUUUUAAUAUGUAUAUAAUAUUUCGUGUGGCAUAUUAAAAAUGAAUGUUGUGCGAUUUGUGAUCUCAAACAUAAUCCAUGUGGCUAUUUUAUAGACUUCCUUAAUAAAAAGAGGGGACUCUGCCUGGA